AUGACCUCAGCAAAUGCCUCCUUGCAACGCGUCGACGCAGACUGUGAUUGGGGUAUUUCGUCUGGAUCAACAGUCUUCUUCAUGUUCUCCCGCGUCUCCCAGCUUGCGCGUCACCUCUCUAGACCAGCCGCUCAGUUCGCUUACGCCGGUACAACUCCCGUCGUAUCGGCCGGAGUACGUCCACAGAUAAUCAUGUCUACCGCGGAACAGAACUUUGCGCGGACGAUUCACACCGCAGCAUGCCUGAUCAUUGGUGAUGAGACCAAAGAUCAACUCAAGCGGGUUGAAGUCAUAGAGGACGAUGAGUCAGAAAUCAUCGAGGCCGUCCGCAGGAUGAGUGACAAAUAUGACUUUGUCGUUACCAGUGGUGGCAUUGGCCCGACGCAUGAUGAUAUCACCUAUCAGUCCAUAGCCAAAGCCUUCGGGCUCAAGGUCAAGCUGUACGAGGAGGCAUACCAACGGAUGAAGAAGCUGUCUCGGCCCCACUCAUCCCAACCAGCCUUCAACUGGGACGAAGACAGUCCUGCCAAGAAGGCGAAGCUCAGGAUGGUCGAGCUUCCGACGGAGGACUCUGUUCCCCUCGAGAAGCAGUUCAUCUUUCCACGGGAAGACCUGUGGGUUCCGGUUGCAGUAGUGAACGGAAACAUUCAUAUUCUUCCAGGUGUCCCUCGUCUGUUUGAGGGACUGUUGGAUGGCUUGAAACCGUAUAUCCUACCGCGCCUUGUUGAUCCCGAGGGGAAAGGCAUACACAGGGUCCUUAUAUCCACGCCAAUGGCCGAGAGUGCCGUGGCUACUUACUUAACCGAGUUGGCCACCAAGGUUGAACCGCAAGGCGUAAAGGUGGGGUCUUAUCCUCGAUGGGAGAAGAAGAGGAACACGGUGACUUUGGUUGGCAAAGACGAGGCGUUCCUGGACAGUAUCAAGGAUGAGGUGGCUCGAAAUGUCAAUGGCCGGGUUGUACAGGUUGAAGGCGAGGACGACGAUUUGCCUAGCGACAGCUGA